AUGCAAAAUGUGCGUCGCACCAUCGUGGAGCGUGUGCUCAACGAGUGUGAAGUGGAUCAGGCGAAUAUACAAGCCUUGGACAAAGCUUUGCAAGAGCUCACGGAUUCACGUACUUCCGGAGAAAUGCGCUACAUCGCAACACCAACCGCCAACUUCCCUAUCAAUAUCCGCGAUGAGAUUCGUGGACUUCGGCUGCCUAGCGCCGCACCUGAUCAUUUCGUCGCUUUAGGAUGCCGUUAUAUUGUCCAGCUCAGCUCCAGACACGCGACGCGUAUCCUCAGAAAAUGGUUAUCGUUUUUGACGCGCUCUUGUAAUGACGCAGGUACAGCAUGCGGGCGAGCUGAACGACAACUAUGA